AUGAUGCUUUGUCUGACGAAAGUGAUUCUAAACCAUAGGAAAACGAUUCAAGACAGACAAGAGCUGCGGCGGUGGGUAGAGGACUCGUACAGAUGCGAGAUCGCCCCUUCUGCUGCAAGAAAGGUCCUCAACAACUGGCUCUGUGCCCAAGCCUUGCAGAGGGAGACGGCAGAGAGGAAGGCUGCCUGCAAGCAGCACAGGGAAGCCUCAUCCUUUCUCAGAAUAGCCCUAGUUGCCCGAUCUCAUAGCUGGCCCUUCAGGAUCACUGAUGGGCUGCCAGCCGCCUCCUCCACCUGGGUGUCAUCUGGGAACUCAACCACUCCCUCCAUCUGGAGGUUUUCUGGGACCUCAACAAACUCCUCCACUGGAGUGUCCUCUGGGAACUCAACCACGUCCUGCACUAGAGAGUCCCCUGAAAACUCAACCACCUCCUCCACUCGAGUGUUCUCCGGGCCCUCAUCCAGCUCCUGCAGCUGUCAGUCCUCCAGGACCUCAUCUGCCUGCUGCAGUUGCCUGUCUUUCCAGAUCUCAUCCACCACCUGCAGCUGUCAAUCCUCCGGGACCUCAAUCACCUGCUGCACCUGUUGGUCCUCUGAGACCUCAUUGACCCGUGGCAUGCGUCUGUGCUUCGGGACUUAAUCCACUGCCUGCAGCUGUCAGUCCUCUGGAACCUCAUCCACCUCCUGCAGCUGUUGGUCCUCUGGGACCUCAUCCACUCCCUGCAGCUGUAGGUCUUCUGGGACCUCACCCAUCUCCUGCAGCUGGUGGUCAUCUCGGACCUCAUCCACCUCCUGCAGCUGUAGGUCUUCUGGGACCUUAUCCACCUCCUGCAGCUGUUGGUCCUCCAGGACCUCAUGUACCUCCUGGACUUGUAAGUCUUCUGGGACCUCAUCAACAUGCUACAUGUGUCUGUAUUCCGGGAACUCAUCCACCUCCUGCAGCUCUUGGUCCUCCCAGACCUCAUCCACGUCCAGCAUGUGUCUUCCCUCCAGGACCUCAUCCAUCUUUUGUAGCUGCCUUCUUCUGGGACAUCAUUCACCUUUUUGUUCUGUGAGGCCUCUGGGACCUCCGACUACAUCUCCACUUAGUAACCUCUGGAUCCUCAGCCACCCCUUGGGUGGCGUCUGGCCCCUCAAUAACCACCUUCACAUGAAUCUCCUCAGCUGCUUCAAUAAUCUCCACUCGUGGGCCCUGGGACUUCAGCCACCUCCUCCACCAGGGUCUCCUGUAGUACAUCUGCCACCUUCUCCAUAAGCCAUUUUGGAUCAAAAAGCCACCAAAACGAACAUGCAGCUCAGAAAGUUAAAAAUGGAAAAGAAACACAAGGAAAGCAGAGAAAUAGAAAUGAGAUCAAAACGAAUGAAAAUAUCUCAAACUGUGAAGGCUUUGAUGUAAA